AAAUUUCACUCACUUAGAUGGAUGCCCACUUGCCCACCAACUCUAACAAAAAAUGAGUUAAUGGGUCAUAGAUUAUAAAAACUUUUGACCCAUCUUCUCACUCGUUUUGCAAGAGGCUUUUUUGAGUUUUUUUUCAGUCACACCUGCAAUUUCUUAAAUCUUUAUAACCUCACUAUUCAAGCUCUUCCAUUUCUUUUAUGGCUCUUCUUCCAUCAUAUUCUUGUUCUUCUUCUUCUUCCAAAGGAGGGAAAUACGAUGUAUUUCUUAGUUUCAGAGGCGAGGACACCCGCAAAAGAUUUACAAAUCAUCUAUAUACAACUUUGAAACAAAAAGGCAUAUCCACUUUUAAGGACGAUGAAAAACUUAAGCGAGGAACAUCAAUUACCCCAGAACUCUUGAAAGCAAUAGAAGAAUCAAGGUUUGCUAUGAUUAUUUUAUCAUGGGACUACGCUUCUUCAAAGUGGUGCUUGAUUGUACUAACAAAGAUCGUUGAGUGCAUGAAAAAGACCGGAUUGGUAGUUCUACCUGUUUUUCACUAUGUAGAUCCUAGUGAUGUGCGAAAUCAUAGGGGGACUUUUGCAGAAGCCUUUGAUAAACACGAAGAGAGUUUCAAGGAUAACAUGAGAAAUAUAGAAACGUGGAAAGCUGCUCUAACAAAAGUUGCCGAUCUUGCUGGAUGGGAUUUAAAGGAUAAGUAUGAAUCAAAAGUUAUCCAAGAAAUCAUUGGAAGGAUAUGCACUGAGUUGUAUCAUAAAUUCUCAAGUGUUUAUGAGGACCUUGUUGGAAUGGACUCAUGUGUGGAGGAAAUGUUGGGUUCAUACUUAGGUGAAGGGUUGGGUGAUGUUCGCUUUGUUGGGAUAUGCGGGAUGGGUGGAAUGGGCAAAACAACUCUUGCACAAGAAAUUUAUAGAAGAAUUUCAGGAAACUUUGAAGCUAGUAGCUUUAUUGCUAAUAUUAGAGAAGAAACUAAAAAUCAAGGUCUAGUUUCUUUACAAAAACAACUUCUUUCUAAGAUCCUCAUGGAAAGUGAAAUAAGAAUAUGGAAUGUUUAUGAGGGAAUCGAUGUUAUAAGGAAUACACUACAUAAUAAAAAGGUUUUUAUUGUUCUUGAUGAUGUGGAUGGAGAACAACAAUUAUGAGCAUUAACAGGGAAACAUGAUUGGUUUGGUGCGCGGAGUAGAAUCAUUGUAACAAGCAGAGAUAGCCAAAUAUUAAUAAGUUGUGGUGUGAAAGAUAUAUAUACAUCCAAGGGGUUGAGUGACAAUGAUGCUUUGAAGCUUUUUAGUUGGAAAGCUUUCCAUAAACCUCAUCCUGAAGAAAAUUUUGUAACUUUAUCUAAGGACUUUGUGAAUUAUGCUAAAGGCCUUCCUUUAGCUCUUAAAGUUUUAGGUUCUUUGUUGUUUGAUAAAACAAUGGAUGAAUGGAAAAGUGCCCUAAAUAAUCUGAAAUUAGAAUUUGAUGAAAAUAUUAUGGUUCUGCUUCAAAUAAGUUUUGAUGGGCUUACAAAUACGCAGAAAGGAUUGU